AUGUCCCGCGAAGCCUACCAAGUCCCGACCGCCGGCGCCAACUCGGCCCCCAGCGCUGCCGCCUACUCGAGCUACGGCAACGAGGGUCCCCAGAUGCAGUACCUCUGCGGUGACUGCGGCCUCAAGUUCCAGCUUCGUCGCGCCGAUCCCAUCCGCUGCAAGGAGUGCGGUUGCCGUAUCCUGUACAAGGAGCGCACCAAGAGGUGA